GCUCUUCGCUUUUAUUUUUCGUUUCUUUUCUGCGCGUUUCCUCUCUCAUUUGUCUUUCUUUUUGGUUUCGACUUCGGCGUUUUCUCCCCUCUCUCUAUCGCUGCUUGCAAAUUUGGGUUUGUUCUGUCUUGAGGAUUUCUGGCUGGAGUUCUUGCUUCCUUUUGUCAGAUUAAAUGGAAGACGAAGGUCCAACUCCGCUUGAUCAAUUGACGGCAUAUAAAAAGAUUGUCAGAAUUAAAGUACGUGUUUGUAGGAUAUGGAGACCAAAAUACCCAGGCAUGGGCGACAAAUAUACAGGCUUGCACUGUAUAUUGGUUGAUGAAAAGCAACAAGCUAUCGAAGCAUCUUCUACUGAAAUGGACUAUGAAAUAAUAGUUCCAAAGAUUGAAGCAGGCACUUGCUAUGAGAUCAUGAAUUUCCGUACUAACUAUGCAAGGGCUCAAUAUAGAGUUGUUCCACAUGAGACCCAAAUCAUUUUCACUUCGAAGACGGUUUUUAAGAAGUUGGCAAGUGUCUUUCCGCCUAUUCCACGACACAGAUUUUUCUUGCAGGAUUAUAACAAAUUAUAUCAUCGGUUAAACAAAUGUGAUAUCUUGACGGAUGUUAUUGGCCACCUCAUUUCAGUCCAGCCUUUAGAACCAAUACAGAUCAAUCAGAGAAUUGAGGACAAAUGUGAUUUGGUUAUCCAAAACAUCAGAAAUGAAGAAGCUAAGAUCACACUAUGGUCAGAUGUUGCACAUGCCUUUUCUGCUUUCUCAUUAGAACAACUAGACCAACCAAUCAUUAUUGUUUUUACAAGCUUGAAGGUUAAACUGUUCGGAGAUAGCAUCAUCUUGAACAACACUGGUUCAACACUUUUCUUUAUAGAUCCAGACAUUCCAGAAUUGAAUACAUACAAAUCAGUGUUUUCAACCUGGCCUCAUCCCAUUAAAACACUGCCUCCUUCCAAGCAAGCCAAUGAGCAAGACAUUUUCCGAACUGGGAAAAAGAUGACAAUUGAGGAGUUAGGAUAUUUGGAUCCCGACUUAUAUAAGAAUGAUACAUUUUUAUGCAAAGCAUCGAUUAAGCGAUACAAUACGAAAUAUGAAUGGUGGUACACGGCUUGCCCUACGUGCGCAAAACAAAUGCAUCAAGAUCCAACAAGUGGUCAACUUAUUUGCCAAAAACAUCCAAGUCAGAUUCCCACUCCAUGGUACAAAGUGUUCUUAGUUCUUGAAGAUAAGACAGACGAGAUCAGUGCUCUUAUUAUUGGCAGAUCAGGUGAAAAAGUUUUUGGUGUACCCUGUAAAGAUUUGGUUUUCAAUCAGAGAUCAGUGGAUCAAAAACAGUUGCCAAUCUCUUCUACAGCAGUUUCAUCUUCAAGCACACCUGUUGACAUAAUUACUGAUUCACCUGUUGACAUAAUUACUGAUUCACAUAAAAGAAAAAGAGAAUUAAUUAGAAGAGCCCUUUUUGUACCAUCUAAAACAAGUGAAGCAGAAGAAAUAUGUGAAAUAGAUGCACAAGAUCAGGAUCAAGUUCCAAUCAAAUUGUUCAAAAGAAAAUCGUCACCAACCAGCUCAAAGGCAGACUUUGCUCCAUACAAAAAAAACUAGUGACUGCUUCAACCAAAAAGCAAAAAACCUUUGCUCAUGUCUUAAAGAAUGUUGGCAUCUGUAAUCCAAAACAAACAACUAUCAGUUUGACAAUUUUUUGUGUGUAAAUAGUCGAUCCUCACAUCAAUUCCCCAUACUCAGUGUGCUCUUUUACAAUAUUUUUUGUUCAAGUAGUCAUGCCAGUAAACCACUAAUUGUCAAAGGGGAAUGCGAGGUAAAUCAUUUUUUGUAUGCUGAUGAUAAGGCAUUUGAUAAUGUCUUUUCUGUAAAUUAUAUAUACUUAGACAACUUUGUAAAAAUAUUUUGUCCAUUUUGUAU